GGCACCCACUUUGAACUUUCGACAUCCACAACGAAAGUCCAGGUCUUUUUCUGGACCAUCAUAUACCUUUUUCCCAGCGCAUCAGAAGUUUGAUCGCGUAUCGCUCGAAAAUGUCGUGGAGAAGCCAAGGAAUCACCGGUUCCAACAACAUCCCUCUCGGGAAGCGUCGCUUCGGAGAUGAGGAGGAGGAGUUUAAUGGCAACGCUGGAGUCGAUCGCGACUUGAAGCGUGGACGCGAUCCCGAGCCUCGCAGCGAAGCUGAUGGACCUCGACGACGAAAGAAGCGAAACCGAUGGGGUGAUGCAUCCGAGAACAAGGCGGCUGGCCUCAUGGGCUUGCCCACUGCUAUCUUGUCCAACAUGACAAGUGAACAGCUUGAGGCCUACACACUGCAUUUGCGUAUCGAGGAAAUCUCCCAAAAGCUUCGCAUCGACGAUGUCGUCCCAGCUGACGGCGAUCGAUCGCCUUCUCCCGCUCCUCAGUACGACAACCACGGUCGACGUAUCAACACACGAGAGUACCGAUAUCGAAAGAAGCUUGAAGAUGAGCGCCACAAGCUUAUCGAGAAAGCCAUGAAGACCAUUCCUAACUACCACCCGCCACAGGAUUAUCGUAGGCCUACUAAGACUCAGGAGAAGGUCUAUGUUCCUGUUAACGAUUAUCCGGAAAUUAACUUCAUUGGUUUACUUAUCGGACCUCGAGGUAAUACUCUGAAGAAAAUGGAGGGAGACUCAGGCGCCAAGAUCGCCAUUCGUGGCAAGGGCUCCGUAAAGGAGGGUAAGGGUCGGUCUGAUGCCGCGCACGCCAGCAACCAGGAAGAAGAUCUGCACUGUCUCAUCAUGGCCGAUACCGAAGAGAAGGUCAACAAGGCUAAGAAGCUCAUCCACAACGUCAUUGAGACUGCUGCGUCCAUUCCUGAAGGCCAGAACGAACUCAAGCGAAACCAGCUCCGAGAACUCGCCGCACUCAACGGUACCCUCCGAGACGACGAGAACCAGGCUUGCCAGAACUGUGGCAAAAUCGGUCACCGCAAGUACGACUGCCCUGAGAAACAAAACUACACUGCGAGCAUUAUCUGUCGCGUCUGUGGCAACGCUGGUCAUAUGGCGCGCGAUUGUCCUGACCGACAGCGUGGUGCUAGCUGGCGCAACAACGAUGCUGGCGCUCGCCCUGCUGGUCGUAUCGGUGGUGGAGAUGAUGUUGACCGUGAAUACGAGCAACUCAUGCAAGAGCUUGGUGGAGGGUCUUCUGGAGCUCCUGCGCGUAUCGAGGCCGGCCCUGGCGCUCAGAACAACGGAGACGCGAAGCCUUGGCAACGAGGUCCAACUGGUGGUCCUGCACCAUGGCGCAGCCGCAACCAGGAUUCUAACGAAGGUGGAUCGGCAGCUCCCUGGGCUAGAGAUCGCGGUGGUCGCAACGAAGAUCAUCACGCCGGUAACAGUGGUGAUAGCUACUACGGACAAGCUUACGCAGGUGCCUCAGGUGCCGCUGCUCCAUGGGCGCAACAGGCUCCUGGAACUCAGGGUGGGUAUGCUGGUUAUCCUGGCUACGGUGCCUACGGGGCUGCUCCCGGAAUGGGAGCUCCCCCUGGUCUUGGUGCUCCUGGCAGUGCGCCUCCUCCUCCUCCUGGUGCUCCCCCAGGCCUUGGAGACAUUAACGCCUUCAUUCAGCAGUAUGCCGGCGCUGCACCACCUCCUCCUCCGCCUUCUGGAGAUGCCCCGCCACCACCUCCCAGUGAUCAGCCUCCACCUCCUCCACCUCCUGGUGCUUAAAUGAGCAGACUAACGAGGCUUUUUGGUUCUGAGAGGCUUUCUGACACAGCUUUAAACAUCGACUAUAGUUUAAGAAUCGUUAUAUAACCGGACACCGACAACGGAGGAUAAGCGAUCGUUUCUAACGUGGCAGCAAACUAACCACUGACUGCAAUAUGAGACUUCGUUUCAUUGCUUCAUAUCAACGAGCUUUGAUGUUCAGCUUGUGUUUUGCGAGAUAAAUCAUUAAAGCAAGGAACUAAUCGCGUAGGCAAAUUGUACUUGAUAAUUGAGUCGUUUUAGUUAUGAUCUGUCCCUCCUAUUGCUGUGAUCUUGCUGAAGAAGUCUCCAA